AUGUCGUCUUGCUACUCAACUCCUGACUACUGUUGGAUUUCAAACCCAGUAGAUAGAGAUUCGACCCUAAAAAGGGCUAGAACUCAACAAACAGAGCAUGCAGUAGUGAUUGACCGCAGUCCAUUAGCCAAUGCGACAGAACAGGAGAACUACACCAACCAAGACAGGAGCCUGCUUGGUCGAUUAUCAUCCCCCAUUGCAGCAGCCUCGUCCAGUCAGAGUCUACCCAGCAAACCUAUUGACAAAACAACAUACACCAAAACCUCUACAAACCAGAACUCAAGCCUACACUUUGAAAGAAGCGCAGAAGCCCCUUACACCAAUAUUCAACAACAACCAUACGUAAAGAACUAA